CGCAUGCGCAGAGGCUUUUUCCGCUUCUCAGUUCUAUUAUUCACAUUGCAACAGAGCCCUGCAAAACUUUUAUUUCGACAAAAGCUGCAGAACCACAGAAUCGCCGUCUCUGCUAUCUAUCAUUUUGUUUUUGUUUCAGGGGAAAAAUAUGAGGGCACGUUUGCCAAUGUUUAAGAUGGCGCCUUAUAGCGUUAGCUCCCAUUUUUCUGAGGCAAGAGACUGAGUUGGGUUAUAGCUAUUGGGUGAAACCACUUUGCGGUUUCGCUAGUAAUAGUUUUAAAAGCCUUUUGCUCAGUCGGUGGUGUCAUACGGAUUAGACUUCUCAGAUUGCUACUGUUAUGAACCUAAGUAGAUAUAUUCAUUGUUUUUUAAAACAGGGUUUAUUCUUAAAUAAUGCCAUUUUCAACACCAGGAUUCACAUGAUUUCUCAACCCUCUACCCGAAGUGGUACGGUCCAGCUGUCAACAUGGCUGUCGCUGUAAACAGACACGGCGGCCCUGGAAGAAUGGAGGGCAGCGGACGGCAGAGCCGGACCGGUCCGGGGGGAGCAGUAAAGGUUCUGGAAUGUGGUGUCUGUGAAGAUGUCUUUUCACUGCAAGGAGAUAAAGUUCCACGUUUGCUGCUUUGCGGCCAUACUGUGUGCCAUGACUGUCUAACACGCCUGCCUCUUCAUGGCAGAGCCAUACGCUGUCCAUUUGACAGACAAGCUACUGAACUAGGAGACUCUGGUGUGUGGGGCUUAAAGAAAAAUUUUGCAUUACUGGAACUCCUGGAGCGGUUGCAGAAUGGUGCCAGUAGUCAGUGUAGCACUGUAGAAGAGGCAAUGGGCGGCUCUGGAGAGAGCAUUGUACGCUGUGAUGAAGAUGAAGCCCAUGUAGCAUCUGUGUACUGCACAGUCUGUGCAACCCAUCUCUGUGCAGACUGCUCCUUGAAUACACAUUCCACUAAAACACUGGCCAAGCACCGACGUGUUCCUUUAGCUGAUAAGCCUUAUGAAAAGACUUUGUGCUCUCAGCACCAAGUCCAUGCUAUAGAGUUUGUUUGUUUGGAAGAUGGCUGCCAGCCCAGUCCUCUGAUGUGCUGUGUCUGCAAAGAAUAUGGAAAACAUCAGGGACACAAGCAUGCUGUUCUGGAAAGCGAAGCAAGCCAGAUCCGUGCUUCAAUUUUGGAUAUGGCACACUGUAUAAGGACAUUUACAGAAGAGAUCUCUGAGUACUCCAGGAAACUGACUGGCAUUGUUCAGCAGAUCGAAGGAGGGGAGCAGAUUGUUGAGGAUGGCAUUGGAAUGGCUCACACAGAACAUGUUCCCGGAACCGCUGAGAAUGCCCGGUCCUGUGUCAGAGCCUAUUUUUCCGACCUACAUGAAACACUUUGCCGCCAGGAAGAAAUGGCCCUCAGUGUCGUUGAUGCCCAUGUGAGAGAACAGCUAAUGUGGCUUCGGCAGCAGCAGGAAAACAUGACUAUUCUCUUGUCUGAAGUGUCAACUGCUUGUCUGCACUGCGAGAAGGCUCUCCAGCAGGAUGACUGCAGAGUGGUGCUUGCCAAGCAGGAGAUUACGCGACUUUUAGAGACUUUACAGAAACAGCAGCAGCAGUUUACAGACCUUGCAGAUCACAUCCAACUGGACUCCAGUAUCCCUGUCACAUUCACAAAGGAUAAUAGAGUUCAUAUUGGCCCAAAAAUGGAAAUUCGUGUUGUGACAUUGGGAUUAGAUGGAGCAGGAAAAACCACCAUUUUGUUUAAGCUAAAACAAGAUGAGUUCAUGCAACCCAUCCCAACAAUUGGUUUUAAUGUGGAGACUGUCGAAUACAAAAACCUGAAGUUUACAAUUUGGGAUGUUGGAGGCAAACACAAACUUAGGCCACUGUGGAAACAUUAUUACCUUAAUACCCAAGCCGUGGUGUUUGUAAUCGAUAGCAGUCACCGGGAGAGAGUCACUGAAGCACACAGUGAACUUUCAAAGCUGCUUACUGAGAAGGAACUGCGAGAUGCUCUGCUGCUAAUAUUUGCCAAUAAACAGGAUGUAACAGGUGCCCUCUCAGUGGAAGAAAUGACUGAGCUCCUGAGUCUUCACAAACUGUGCUGUGGCCGCAGCUGGUACAUCCAGGGCUGUGAUGCCAGGAGUGGUAUGGGGCUCUAUGAUGGUCUUGACUGGCUCUCAAGGCAACUGGUGGCAGCCGGUGUGCUUGAUGUUGCCUAACUGAAGCCAGGGGCAAGUAAUCUAUGUGUGAGCAGCUGUUGCUAACACUACAGUGGCCUGUCUGAGAAUAGCCUAAAACAUGUCUAACCAGCCCGUGGCGCUGUGAUUGUUGGCCUGCUGGGAGCCCCACAGGUUGGUUAAGGCUAGUUUGAAAACAUAACUGUAUUGACAGCUAGAAAACAUAUCUCUUUACGUCACUUUACUAUAGCUAGUGCAAAAACUCCCCGGAAUUAGUAGUUUUUGUGAUGCCUGACUGUGAAGGUUGGAAAUACAACUAAUUAGCUAGGUAAGAAAUUGUUGCUCUUAUUUAAUAUGUUUAACAGUCUAAUGUUUACACUACAGUAACAGUAUUAAACAAAACGACACAUUAAAGCCUUUCCCACCAUAGCCGUGGAAUUGUUACAUCUUAGGUUACAUUUAACCCACUAACCACCGCUGCAGCGCAGCUUGGCAAUGAAUGGGUUAAAGGUGGCCCAUGACCAGUCCAAAUAAGCUGCGUGUGUGUGCAGGACAUUUCCAUCCAUGCCUCCAGCUGUAUUAGUAUGUGUUUAAGAGGCAGUUUCAGUGUAAGUGGUGUAGCAGUGAAUUAACGUUAGCUUGUGGCUUAAGCAAUCGGGAGCGUAGCUUACGAGGUGCAUUAAAACCAUAAACAGUAGUUGAGCGGCUUUAUUUUCUUUUUGCAUUGGCUUCUGUGCUUUUGUGUGUUAUAGGCAAUGCCAUGCUCAUGAAAUAGUGAGGCUUCAGCCCUGCAGCUUUGAGGCGUGACUUUAAAUAUGGCACAGUUGCACAGCAUGGGGAUCAGCCAGAAUCCCAGUCGGUAACCUAGUACAAUAAAUGAACAUAUGUACAGCUGCUUUCAGUGUGCUUUUAACUUUUCUACUUAGAAACAUUCAGCAGUGGCACAUGUCAUCACUUCACUUACAUUUCUGUAGUAACAAAUAGGUGAAUAAGCAAAAGAGCAGAGUCUGCGCACAGGUUAAUUAAUAGUCGAGCAGGGUGAGUGCAGCCCUGCAAGGGGGAUACUUCCCAGCCUACCCACAGGCUUCUUAGACUUUAAUAUGCCCCAUUAUCUUAAUAUAAUCCAGCCCAGGAACAUGAAAUGUAUCAGAACACGGGCUCUAAAGGGAGGUCCUUUUAUUUAAUCCGCUGCCCAGAGACGUAUUCCUUAUGGUUGUGCCUGUGCUAAUAACAUAAUCAUGUUCUAAAUGCACACAAAAUUAUGUAUUGUAAAUAGAGAAGAGGUAUGGUCAGAAAUCCUCUGAACAGGGAAUACACAGAAUAUAAAUUUUUAGGACACAUGCGCACAUGGGGUCUGUAAAUGCUCCAGAGGCCAUUUUGGGGACAAUAUCUGCCCCUUGUGUAAAGUCAGGGUGACAGUGCUGCCUUGAGACUCAGAGUUGUAUUGGCAGUUUCCCUCUGGCAGAGAAAACAUGAAGAGUGACAUUAGUGUGUAUAUGUCAGGCAGUGCCUUGCCCGGUGGGCACCCUAGGAAUGCUCAUAGUUUAUUGAGAAGGGAAUGAUGUAAAAGUGAUUUUAGUACGAGCACUAUCUGUAAUGUGUCACUAUAUCCACUGCCUGCCGGAAUCUCUCCUAGUGUUGCCAAACACACAGGGACAGUUUUUGGAUAGAGAAAGGGGCAUUUAGCUUAAUUACAUUGUGUAUGACAUCAGGCAUGUCCAGUUUGCAGUCCCCCCUGCUGCUGUGUAAAAGUGCAGUAUUCACAUUGCACAGUGACUGUACUCUCCAGGCUGAUUAGAGUGAGGGGUGGUUUCGGGGAGAUUCUGUGUAGUGAUAUAAAUGCUGUGCAAGUUAUAGCCUGUGAUGCCUCCCAGGGCUAAAGGGCAAGAUGAGGUACUGCAGAUGACAAAGCUGUCAAUUCUAACUCAAAGCCAUCUCCUAUAAAUGGCAAACCUUGUUUUAAUCUGUUUGGGGGAAAAAUAUCACAAAGCAAGAGCAGGUUUUGUUUGACAUAGGUUUCUUAAGCAACGGCCUAACCCCUGCAGCAUCAUGGAGAAGCCCCUCUUCAUAAUCUGGUAACUUGCCGCAUAGGGGCUUCGCAAGGUUCUGCCCUUUCCAGCCAAUAUAUUUGACUAUCUGCCUUUGCAUGACAGCCCCUGACCCUGUGAUUCAGCUUGUGAAUGUUUAUUGGUCUAUAAGUUCCCCCGCACGGAGAUCAAGGACCCAACAGCAACUGCAUGUACCAGACUUCUGUCUAGUGAGGAACCAAUAGGCAAUUAGGCAAUUAGAUCAAUGUAAAGUGGCCAUAGAGCACCAUGUCCAUGCAUUUAGAUAUGUGGAAGUUCAGUCCAUGUGUGUCUACCUUAACUCGUACCCCAAACCCAGCUUAUGAGCAGAAAUAUACAGCUUCAUUUUUCGUUCAUUUUUCACUUUUUCAGUAAAUGUUACAAUGAUGCAAAGGAAAUGUUAUGGAGUGAUUGUGCCUUUUUAUGGCCAAAUGUAUACAAAUAAAAGGGAGAAAGUUACAAUACAGGCCCUGCAUUGUAUUUAGUUGCACUUUGUUGUGGACCCUGUGACCUGUUACUUUUGUCCAGAGAUGCACCAAAUCCACAGUUUUAGGAUUUGGCUGAAUACUGAAUCCACCACAAAAGGCUGACUCCAAACCCUAAUUUAUAUAUACAAGUUAUUACCCUGUCAAUUUUUUAAAAAAUUGCAACAUGCAAAAAAUAAUUGUUACCUUCAGUCGCCACGCAGUCCAAAGUCACCUGAUGUUGAGGAUUUGGCUUGUCCAGGACCAAGGCCCAGCCGGAUCCCAAACCAAUUCAGGAUUUGGUGCACCUCUACUUGUCCAGACACCUCAGAGAGAAGGAAGCACAAAGGAAAGAAUAUUUAGGGUGUGACAAAAUAAUGUGUCCUGAGAGUGUAUUUAUGUCUAGUUGCUUGGCUGGUCCGACCUGGGCUGUAACUGUGGAUGGAGUCUCAGCGAAGACCUUGCUGAUACAUGUGGAAGCGGUUGCACGGCGUUCGGCUAGCCUGCCUGCCUACGCUCUUGCAUUAAGGACAUUUGGAACUUUCUUUUUUCUGUUGUUUCUGAUCUUUCUGGACCUUGUUUUGUAGAUCUGAGUAGCCACUCUCUAACUCAUGUAACCAUUUCCUGCUUCUCAUGAAUGAACUCUAAGAAUAAACCACUUGUCCUCACA